ACACAUAUAGCCACUGAUACAUACCCUAUGAUAUAUGCUCGAUCGUUCGUUAUUGCAGCAUUGAUAUCGCGCGUAUUAUCAUAACAGAGGCGAAACCUUAGAAACACGCGCCGCGCGUCGUGACAAAUUAAAAGGCAUAUUUAUAUAUUGCGUGUGUACAUCUUAUCUGAUAUAUACCGCGAACGAGAGAAUAGACUUGCAUCGGUGCGCGUUUUUGAGGAGUGCAGUAAAAAGAGUCCGCGCGUUGAGCGCCUCUUCGUCGCGUGUGCUGGUGUGUGCUCCGCGCGGAGAUAUACAUACAGGCCAGCAGUCAUCGUCGAUAGAAAUCGAGCGUUCUCUCGUUAAUCGAAGCUCUUCGUCGACUCUCUACUGCUAAAUACUACUGCUCUGCGCUACACUGCUGCUGCUGCUGCUGUUUGCUGGCGCUGCUUGGCUCUCGUUCUCACUCGCAACGCGCUUUCGCUAAAAACUCAUCACACAGGCGAAGGAAGAAGACGCACGCAGAAAAAAACAACAAUAUUUAAUUCUCUCUCUCUCUCUUCUCUUUCUAUAUAACUCUUAACAACCUUCGAGGAACACAAUGGCCCAGAACGUGAAUCCCUUUUUUCCGUCUCAUGGAGCUCAAGGCAAAUCUCGCGAGGAGACUCCGAGUUUACCCAAGGACAAUCACGCUGUGAGCAAACGAUUGCAAAAGGAGUUGAUGCUUCUUAUGAUGCACGCAGACAAGGGCAUCUCAGCGUUCCCCGAUGGUGAAAAUUUAUUCAAGUGGGUUGGAACUAUCACAGGGCCACAGGAUACUGUUUACACCGAUUUGUCCUACAAGCUGAGCUUAGAAUUCCCACAAAGCUAUCCAUACAGUGCACCAGUAGUGCGGUUCAUCACUCCUUGUUUUCAUCCCAAUGUUGAUAACGCAGGUAACAUUUGCCUGGACAUUUUGAAAGACAAAUGGAGUGCUCUUUAUGACGUCCGUACCAUUUUGUUGUCGAUCCAAUCUCUUCUUGGUGAACCAAAUAAUGACAGUCCCCUAAAUCCACAUGCAGCAGAUCUAUGGCAGGAUCAAGUGAAAUAUAAAGAAUAUUUAGUAGAUGAAUAUCGUAAAGCACAAGAUAAAGCUCAAGAUUCAUGAUAAGCAAUAUACACUUAUAUUUUCUAAUCAUUCAUUUCACCUAUUUAAGAUUAAUUAUUAAAUGACCUUAUCAAGAUCUGUUUUAAAAAGUAAAACUAGGCAAUGUAACAUCUGGAUGAAAAAACCUUCAAUGGGUUUUUUUUAUAGCAAAGAAUUUUUUUAUUUUUACGUCAUGAAAAGUUAGUCAAUGGCAACAAAUGUUGGAUAUUUUACAUGACGCUUUUUUAAAUAAAAAUAUAUAGUACUUUUUAAAAAAAGUCUUUGAGGUACUAAUUUGUUUAAUAAACUUUACAAAUACAUCAGUUCAUUUAAUGAAGUGAAGAAAAAAUGUUAGUUUUAUUUAUAUUGGGCUGAGUUGAUUAUGUAGGGAUGAAUAAAUGACUUUGAUGAUUUUCUAUUUAGUUUGCUACCUGUAUAGAUCAAUAUUUAUUAGAUUCUUAAUUUUUAUACAUCUCAUGUUAAAUUUAGUAGACGCGUGACGUUUUUAUAAAUUUUCAUAUGCAUAUUCUUAAAAAAUAUUUUAUAAACCUAAUAUACUUGCAGAUUAUAAGUUUGCAAACUGUACCAUCUAGACUAAAUUCAAUAUCACUCAUCUAUGCUGAAUGUGUAUUGAUCAAUUAUGUAUUACCUAAUGCUCAGUUGAAUAAAAUGGGGCAUAAAAAAGUUA